AUACGUGGGUCUGUACCAACUUUUUGGAGUCAAAAAGGUUAUAAAUAUCGUCCUCCUCUCACUAUUGAACGUCCGCUUGAAGAAAGUAUGCCGUAUUUCACAACACAUAUGCAGUCGCUGCUAGAACAUUAUGGAUCACCUUUGGUCGUCGUGAAUCUUGUUGACCAAGCUGGAAGGGAGCUGAAGCUAGCCAAGAGUUUUGUAGAGAUUGUGAAGAGAUGGUUCGCGGCUCAAGCUUGCUUGAAUUCGCUGCCUGGAGCAGCAAUCAAAGAAAUGGCUGCAAGUGCAUCUACCACAAUCUGUAAAGGGCCCAUUAUUGGAUUUAUACAUGCGCUCAUCAUCUUGCAAGUUGCCUUUCAGCAUGCUGUGAAAUUUGAUUCGCCUAACUUGCACUUCGUUUCAUUUGAUCUUCAUCGUCAAUGCCGCGGCUUGAAGUUUGAUAAGAUUAAUGAUCUCGUCUCAAGACUACAUGAAUUAUUAGGAGAAAUUAGUUAUUGUUGGGUGGACAAAACAGGUGAAGUUGUAAAAACACAACGUGGUGUAGUGCGAACCAAUUGUAUAGACUGCUUGGAUCGUACGAAUUUAGUGCAGGGAGCGAUAUCACAAUGGGUUUGCAUGCAGCAAGCCCAAAGGCUAGGACUGUUCGGUCCACUGUGUGAGCCACCCGAGGCUUUGGUGCUCCUGCUGCAAAACAUGUGGGCAGACAACGGUGAUGCUAUCUCGACACAGGUGUGUUUGUCAGUUGGUUCUGGCGGUGUCGAACGUGCAGUCAUUCAGUCUUUUUUCCGGGAUUUUUCUGUUAACCAAUAUCUAUUUAAAUGCUCACAGUAUGCUGGGACUGCAGCUCUGAAAGGAGAUGUCACUCGAAGCGGCGAGCGACGAUUUGCUGGAAUUAUGAAAGAUGGCUAUAACAGUGCAUCACGUUACUAUCUCUCCCAU